AAUUAUGUAACCCUCAUGCUGGCAAGAGUUAAAGUAGCCUACUACAGUAAUAUCAGUGAUGGCAAGUUAGAAGCCAUACAACUAUUUGAUGACAUUUUCCCGAUUUUACUUGCACAAGUGGCUGGAGGAGAAUAAUACCAACAACGUUUCUUUGAUUUUGGAAUCGGAUGCGUGCACUCUGGAUCCGGCUGGAGAUGCGGAAAAUAAUUUGCAACAGAUUCCUCUGCAUAGUGGAGGCACUAUCACAGACCACGUGAGAGGAAUUUUCAUUGACGGUCCCCGACAGACCGGUUCAUCUCUGCUGGCACUCCUCUGCUGCUGACAUGGACUCUCGGACACUAUAUUCUCUCAGCUUCUCCCAAACUGACGUGGAGUGAGGGCGAUACUAUGUCUGAAUGUAACCUUUGAUCUUUUGCCGCUUUCUCUUCUUUUUCUGUUCUUUUUUUUGUUUGAUUUUCUUCCGCUCUCCUCUCCUCCGCAAAUCAAACAGUUAGGGUGGUGGUGGGGGGGUAUGGCUUGGCCGUGCAUCAGCAGAGUGUGCUGCCUGGCUCGCUUCUGGAACCAGUUCGACAAAUCGGACCUCUCCGUCCCGCUCACCAUCCAGAACUACUCGGACAUCGCCGAGCAGGAGGUGCGGUCCGUAACCAAACAGGUCUCCGCCUCGGAGCGCGCACCUGGGAAUAACUACUCGACCCCGGAACCGCGUGCCGCCGGCGCCACUCAUGCGCCCAAAGAUGACCCGGGGACCCGAGGAUCUUUCAGGGCACGGAAGGAGGGCAGUUACAAGCCCCGGGAGGACUACCACCCGCCCGGAGUGCCUUUCAACAGUGUUACCCAGUACAAGCAGGAUUUCAAACCCUGGCCCAUUCCCAGGAAGGAAAACUUCCCUUGGAUUAGUAACGGGGGCAGCAGGGCAGACAGUGUUUCGGACAGCCCGGUGAACGGUUACCACAGCCAGGCAACACCGGGGGAGAGAGAGGAGCGGGGCAGGGGGCAGGGGUGCGGGGAGCAGCAUUGGAUGAAGGAGAGCAAAACCAGCUCCUACAGGCAAGAGUACAGGCCGUGGACAGGGGUGAGACCAGCCAAAAGUGCAAGGAAAAAUCCUCCAGCUCAAUACUCAAGCCCAGGGACAGAGGCCACCCAGGUCCCGCGUGAGACUAGCUACCAGGCUGCCUACAGCGGGGAGCUCCACAGGUCCAUUGGGCUGCAUCAGGGUGAGCACAACAUUGCAUCUGCUGCCUCCAACAUACAACCUGCUGCUGUCCCCCAGCCCAUCCCCACUGCCAUGCCACCUGGCAGUUCACCCGUCCCCUCCAGCAUCCAGCAGAGCGUCCCGCCUCAGAGGGCCGAGCUCAGCACAACAACCAUGGGAGAGGAACAUCUGGUGAGGACCAAGUUCCCUCCGAACUCUUCUGCUGUCUUUCAAAGCGGGCCCAGGGUCUUCAACAUCUGACAGCUGCUCUGAUUUCCAACCAUUCCACUAAAGAGCGGUUUCAGUUUUAAGGAAUCAACAGGAGAAUGAUGUGUCAAUGAAGUCCAUUCCACAACACAAUAAUCUAUGCGAGGGAAUGUAUAUUGUUGUGAAGCCUGUGGAGCUGCAGCGUCAGUAUCCCAAGUGGAGAGAGGUAGAUAGCGCCCCCUCCUUUUACACUUCUUCCUGCCCUUGUUGCUAUGGAAAUGAAUAUGCAUGUAACUAAAUAGUUUUAAAACAAGCUUUUUUUGUUUUGCUUUUGCAGUUAUAGAUGUACAAGAAACUGGCUGCUCUGUGUGUUUGUAUGUGUGAGUUUGUGUGUGUGUGUACCUGCUCAUUUGUUCAUUUGUUCUCAUGUUGAGUCUGUUCCAAUAAUGAAUGAACUGGUUUGUCAUUAAGUGUGUAUGCUUAGAGUACUAUGUUGCCCUUUGGUGUUCUGCUUGAAAUCUGCUAGAAAGUAAGUUAUUUAUUUGCUCAGUAUUCAAUUAGUUUACUAUUUCACAGAAGUAUUGUUUGGUCUAUUAUUUUGUAAAUCUAUUGUUAAAGA